GUAGGUGUAAAAACCAGUAUGGGUGUAACACCAGGAAGUUUUGUCUGCCGCUGUAGGAGAUCCUCGAUGAGACGUUCAAUGCAAACGCUUCAGCUCGGAAACCUCCACCGAAGUUGGAACUAGAGCAGCGCGAGCGAGAAGUGUGGACUUUCUCAAUUUGCUGUUUCUGACCGUGUGCAGGGACACUGCUUUUAGCCAGCCGGACGGCUGUCUAUGAACACGCGCGUUGAAAUCCCACAUCGAGUAUCACGGUAACGAAGAUCCGUCUUCCGUCCGACGGAGGCAGUCUUAUCCUUCUCCUGUGUCAUGAUUCACUGGAACUGAAAGUGAACGCAUAGUCUACAGUAUAAAGGAGCCUCUUUCCUCCACUACUACACUACGGCACUCUGCUGAGCCACAGAUACAAAGGAUCUAGUCAGCCAUGGAGGGAUGUGACAAAAGACUACCAGGACAAUCAGGAUUUUGUGAAUUCUUACAAACCUCGAAACUCAGAAGUCAAACGUCUCAGAAUUCUGCUCCAUGGACCCAUCGGGGCUGGAAAGUCCAGCUUCAUCAACUCUGUUGAAAGUGCUUUAAGAGACAGAAUUUCUAUUCCAGCUCAAACGGAUGCAAACUCUGGAAGCACAUUUACACGACAAUACAAGGCUCAUGAAAUCAGCAAAGACAAUCAAAGCUGUUACUCUUUCAUUUUCAACGACAUGAUGGGCCUUGAGGAAAAGACCAACAAGGGAGUGAAAGUGGAAGACCUGAAACUGGCCCUAAAGGGACACGUGUCAGACGGUUAUCAGUUCAAUCCUGAAGUCCAGCUAAAGGCGAAUGACAAACACUACAACUCAUGUCCCACUCUGAAGGACAAAGUUCACGUCCUGGUGUCUGUCAUUCCUGCUGUCUCGGUGUCUUUAUUAAGUGAUGGAGUUGUGAACAAGAUGAGAGAAGUCAGAAUGAAAGCCAGUGAAAUGGGAAUUCCCCAACUGGCUAUUCUGACCAAAGUUGAUGAGGCGUUUCCUGAAGUGGAACAAAAUAUGGACAACGUUUAUAACAACAUGAACUUGAAGGGACUGGUUGACAAAUACAGCGUGUUACUGGGCCUUUCUCCAAACUGCAUCUUUCUCGUGAGGAACUACCACUCAGAAAUCCACACCAAUGAACACAUGAAUGCGCUGAUCCUGAGUUCAGUGAAACAGAUGAUUUGCUUUGGAGAAGAUUUUCUCAACAAGAAGUAGACCUUCAGGCUGCUGAGACGAACCUCACAGCAUGACAAUACUGCUUUAAAUGCUUAUUAGAGCAAUAAGGUACGAGAGGCUGUACUUUGUCGUCCAAUAAUGUAACUGUUCAAGGGUGUAGUUACGGCCACCCUCGAACAUUUAAGAACACGUCGGGCCUAUUUUGAUAGUUAUGUUUUGUUGAUUUAGGUGGUAAUGUCUGAUAUUCCAGUUUCCCAGUCAUCAUCGAUCUAAUAAAUGGAAGAUCAAAACAAAUAAUUAUGUCGAGAUAGGGCUAAAUUUGAUUGUGAAAUUAUUAGUAUUAAUCUACUGAUUAUCCAUUGUUUUAUUUUAAUGUUUUAAUGUAUUUUGAUACAUUGUGCUAGUACUGCUAUUUAGGUAAACCCACAAAAAAUAAAAUAAAUAAUUACAUUUAUAUCUAGUCUUCUUUUAUUGUAUUCCUUGUAUGCCAUUGACUAUAUUGUCUUAUAAUGUAAUCCCUUUAAAGUAUCCUACGCAGUAUUACACAUUAUUGUAAAUUCAUAAGGGAAGGCAGUAAAACUUGUUACCGGGGCAUCUGGGAUUGAAACGACCAAUUAUGGCCCAAAUAAAAAUUGUAUGUAAAGACA